AUGUCUGGGAGCAAUUCCAUUAAGAAGGUCGCUGUUGUCGGGGCCACCGGUCACGUGGGGGCUCCCAUGGUCGCCGAGCUGCUGAAGACAGGCAAACACUCCGUCACGGCCAUCACUCGCAAAGACAGCACCGCAAACUUCCCUUCUGGUGUCAACGUUGCCCGCGUGGACUACUCCUCUCAGGACUCGCUGGUUUCCGCUCUCAAAAGCCAUGACUUCCUGAUCAUCACUCUCGGCGUACGCGUGCCUGAAGAAACGCACAGCAACAUCGUCAAGGCCGCUGCAACGGCUGGUAUCCCUUAUGUCAUGCCAAACGUAUAUGGCUACGACAUCCUGAACGAGAAACUGUACGGCGAGUCUGUCUAUGGCGCAGCGUCCUUCCGCAGCAUCAACGACGUCAAGAACGCUGGGCUGAACUAUAUGGUCAUGUGCUGCGGCUUCUGGUACGAAUGGAGCCUUGCGCUUGGGGAGCCAUGGUACGGCUUCAACAUCAAGGACAAGAAAGUCGUCUUCUUCGAUGACGGCACGACCAAGAUCAACACCAGUACUUUGGAGCAGUGCGGCAAAGCUGUAGCGGCGCUUCUCAGUUUUCCCAUCACGAGCGAAGGCUCUGGUAAGCCCGCGCUGGAGGAUUGGAAGAACAAGCCUCUCUACAUCUCCAGUUUCUUGAUCAAUCAGCGCGACAUGUUGGAUAGCCUUCAUCGCGUAAUGGGUACCAAGGACGAGGAGUGGUCCAUUGAGUAUCAGCCAAGUGAGCAACGCUACAAGACUGCCGUUGAGGAUAUGCAGAAGGGGAACAUGCUGGGGUAUGUACGCUCCCUGUACUCAAGAGUGUUCUAUCCGACCGGAGACGGCAACUUUGAAGCCAACAGAGGUUUAGCGAAUGAGGUGCUGGGGCUGGAGAAGGAGGACCUUGACAAGGUGACCAAGUGGGUGGUUGAUAAGAUCGAAGAGCACGGUGGCAGUCCGUUCUCCGUCAAUAUGCUCUAG